AAAAAAUAAAUUUCUAUUAAAUAUUUUGUGAAAAACAGAAUAAAACAGAGAAAUAUAUGGAAAAAGAAGAAGAAACAAAUAUUUAUGCAUUAGAUGAUAAAAAUGAAAAGCAAAAAAUGGAAGAAAAAGAAAUAGAAGAUGAGCAAAAAGAUCAAAUAGAAGAAGGAGAAAAUAAAGAUGUUGAUAAAAAAGAGGAUAUUCCUGAAGAAAAUCCGGAGAAAAAUGGGGGGAAACGGGAAGAAAGCUCUAUAGAAGAAGGAAAAAAGAAAGGAAAUGAUUAUGAAGAAGAAAAUGAAGAAGAUGAGGAAGAUCAGGAUGAAGAAGAUGAGGAGGAUGAGGAGGACGAAGAGGACGAAGAGGAUGAAGAGGAUGAAGAGGAUGAAGAUGAAGAAGAGAGUCAUGAUCUAUCAGAAAAGAGACCCAGAAAACGGAGAAAAGAAAGGCGUAAUCAAUUUCUUGAUGUUGAAGCAGAGGUAGAAGAAGACGAAGAAGAAGAGGAAGAUGAAGAAGAAUUUGGAAAAGAAGGAUUUAUUGCAGAAGAGAUAGAAGAUUUAGAUAUGGACCAUAUUUUGCAAAAUGAUGAUAGACAACAUAGAGAUCUUGAUAGGCAACUUCAAAAAAUUGAAGAUGCAGAUGCAGAACGUCUUGCUGAAGAAUAUCGAGAGAAAUAUGGGCGGUCUUCAGCAAGAUUUUACCGCGGGGACAUAGAAACUAUUCCUCAAAGAUUACUUUUACCAUCAGUUAAUGAUCCAAAUUUAUGGGCUGUAAGAUGUAAACCUGGAAGAGAAAAGGACAUUAUUUAUAAAUUAAUGCGAAAAACAGUUGAUCUUCAGCAUUCUGAGACACCUGUGGAAAUCAUAUCGGUAUUUCAAAGAGAUGGAAUUAAUGGAUAUAUUUAUGUAGAAGCAAAAAAGAAAACACAUAUUAUUCACGCGUGUAAAGAUAUUGUUAAUGUCUAUUCAAACCGUAUUAUUCUUGUUCCUAUUAAAGAGAUGUCUGAUUUACUUAAAAUUAAAAAACAAAUUAUAGAACUAGUUCCUGGUGCAUAUGUACGAAUUAAGCGUGGGAAGUACACAGGGGAUCUUGCUCAAGUUUGCAAUCUUUCGGAAAAUGGUUUGUCUGCUAGAGUAAAAAUUGUUCCAAGAUUAGAUUACUCUACUAAAGAGAAGGAUUCUGCUUUUAUUGGUCCUGACGGUAAAAAAAGAUACCACAACGGAUAUUCAAUAAAUUCUAGACUACCACAACGGUUUUUCAAUGAAAAAGAGGCAGUAAAAUCCUAUGGAAAUAAGGGUCUUACAAAACGCGGAGCAAGAAAUUAUAUAUUUAAUGGAGAAGAAUAUGAAGAUGGCUAUUUAAUGAAGGAUAUAAAAUUAACAGGAUUAAUAAUAGAAGGCGUUAAUCCAACAUUAGAAGAAAUAACCAAAUUUAAUUCUGGAGUUGAUAAUAAUGAUAAUUUUGAUUUGACAUCUCUUGCACAAAGCAUAAAAACAUCUAAUGUAAUACCAACAUUUCAGCCAGGAGACCAUGUUGAGGUUCUUGAAGGAGAGCAAAGUGGCGUCCACGGAAUUGUAGAAGCUAUAAACAAUGGAAUUAUAACUCUUUAUUCUCAACAUGAAGGUCUAAAGGGCGAAAGACUUGAAAUUCCCUCAAAGGGUCUUAAGAAAAGAUUCAAGCAAGGAGAUAAUAUAAAAGUAAUCAGUGGAAAAUAUAAAGGAGAUACCGGUAUUAUCAUAUGCGUGAAAAAUGAUCAAGUAGUUCUUUUAAGUGAUUUUUCUAUGACAGAGAUAACUGUAUUUUCAAAAGAUAUUUCGGAAGCAACACAAUCAACAGGAACAAAUGUGAUGUCUAAUGAAUAUAAUCUUCAUGAUUUAGUACAAUUAGACCCUAAUACAGUAGCCUGUAUCACAAAAGUAGAUGGAAAUUUACUUCGAGUUUUAGAUCAGAAUGGACUUUCUAGAACAAUUCUUCCAAAUCAAAUAUCAAUGAAAUAUCAAUCAAAAAAUUCAGUUGCAACAGAUAAAAAUGGACUAGAAAUUCAUAUAGGAGAUACUGUAAAAGAUCUUUGCGAUAAAAAUAGACAAUGGAAUGUUAUACAUAUCGUUCAUGAAUAUGCUUUUUUAUAUGAUCGAGAAGUUAAUGAGAAUAAUGGUGUUUUCAUUACAAAAACAAAAAAUCUUACUACUAUUACAGUAAAAGGAAAUCGUACAACCUUUGGCGGACCCGAUUUAAAUAAAAUGAAUCCGGCAUUACAACGACCAAUAAAUUCUACACAAACUGUUCCUCGCUUCAUAGGCAAAGACAAAGCAGUGGGAGAAACGGUAAAUAUACGUUUAGGUCCAUACAAAGGAUUACUUGGCAUUAUAAAAGAUACUACGGAAACCUCUGCUCGUGUAGAAUUACAUACAAACCAAAAAACAAUAACAAUAGAAAAAAGUAAACUCUCAUUUAAAAAUCGAUAUACUGGGAAGAUGAUGUCGUAUUUUGAAUUCGUCACAUCCAAAAGUGGGUAUCAGCAUAAUAGACAUGAUUCUCGAAACAUUAAUUCAACAUAUGAUCAAUCUAAAUCUAAUAUACCCAUAUGGGCGCAAUCUUCUGGAAACAAAGCACCGUGGAUCAAUGCUGGCUCUAGAACACCUGCAUGGUCAAAUUCAGGCUCUAAAACACCAAUAUGGUCAAAUACAGCUUUACAUACACCAGCCUAUAGUGGAUCAAAAACACCCGCAGCAUCUGGAUCUGCAACUCCUGGUUAUGAAUCAUCAAUAUGGAAUACUGGAAGCAAAACUCCAGGUCAUAGUUCAAUGACACCUGCGUAUAUCGGUUCUAAUAUCCGAUGGACAGAGGAAGAUGCACGGCACUUUGGUCUUACAAGCUCAAUUGCCCCAUGGGAAAAUGUGAGCCAUAUAAAUACUCUAGGCUUCUCUGUUAAUACUUCUGAAAAAACUUCUGCCGACAUACCUGAAUAUAUAUCAAAGGAUUUGUCAACAUCUAUUUCUAAUGAAAAUGCAAUUUUGGAAAAACCAUCUUCUAAAUUCAUCAAUCAAACAAAUAAUGCAACUACGGAAACAUAUCAAGAAGAUUUUGAAUCAGCUAGUCCUGCCUAUGCGCCUCCAAGUCCAUAA